AGAAGUUGUGUGUCGGUGAACAGAGACAGCUCUCAGUCUGGGGCGAGCGCUUGAGUGAGCUUGAGCGGAUGCUAGGGCUGUAGUCUCUGCGGCAGGGGCGGCGGCAGUAGUGGUGGCAGAAGAGAGGAAGGGGGAGGGCCCCGAGGGCUACACACGCUCACACUUUCAAGUUCCCCUGGAGGGAAAGGAGGUGGGGCUGCAGAAAGAGGAGGCCAGGAGCAGUUCCAUCCGUCCAGUCCUGUCUCCCUCUCCCCUCUGGCUCCCUUUGCCCUGGCUCUGCGAGAGUUGAGGGUUCGGGUGGCAGUAAGCAGCAGUGAGGCCAAGAGGGCCAGGAGAGCGGGGAGUGGAGCCAGGGGUGAGGGGGAAGAUGCCCAUCCUGCUGUUCCUCAUAGACACGUCCGCCUCUAUGAACCAGCGCACUGACCUGGGCACCUCCUAUUUGGACAUUGCCAAAGGCGCUGUGGAGUUAUUUUUGAAGCUGCGCGCCCGGGACCCAGCCAGCCGCGGAGACAGGUACAUGCUGGUCACCUACGAUGAGCCCCCGUACUGCAUCAAGGCUGGUUGGAAGGAAAAUCAUGCAACAUUCAUGAGUGAACUAAAAAAUCUUCAGGCUUCUGGACUGACUACUCUUGGUCAGGCUCUAAGAUCCUCAUUUGAUUUGUUAAAUCUCAAUAGAUUAAUAUCUGGAAUAGACAAUUAUGGACAGGGGAGAAAUCCAUUUUUUUUAGAACCAUCUAUUUUAAUUACUAUCACAGAUGGAAACAAGCUAACAAGUAUGGCUGGUGUUCAAGAAGAGCUUCAUCUUCCUUUGAAUUCUCCUCUGCCUGGGAGUGAACUAACCAAAGAACCUUUUCGUUGGGAUCAAAGGUUAUUUGCAUUGGUGUUGCGUUUGCCUGGAUUAGCUUCUACUGAGCCAGAGCAACUAGGGAGUGUACCAACUGAUGAAUCUGCUAUCACACAAAUGUGUGAAGUCACUGGAGGUCGCUCCUACUGUGUUAGAACACAAAGAAUGUUGAAUCAGUGUUUAGAAUCUCUAGUUCAAAAAGUUCAGAGUGGUGUAGUUAUUAACUUUGAAAAAACAGGACCAGAUCCGCUUCUUAUUGGAGAAGAUGGACUUAUAGAUUCAUCAAGGCCAAGCAAUUCACUUGCUGCUCAACCAUGGCAUAGUUGUCAUAAGCUCAUUUAUGUGCGACCUAACUCUAAAACCGGUGUUCCUGUUGGACAUUGGCCAAUUCCAGAAUCUUUUUGGCCAGAUCAGAAUUUACCUUCACUACCUCCACGAACAUCUCAUCCUGUUGUGAGGUUCUCCUGUAUAGAUUGUGAACCAAUGGUAAUAGACAAACUUCCCUUUGACAAAUAUGAACUUGAACCUUCACCUUUAACUCAGUACAUCCUGGAACGGAAAUCUCCCCAUACUUGCUGGCAGGUAUUUGUUACUAGCAGUGGAAAAUACAAUGAACUUGGAUAUCCAUUUGGUUAUUUAAAAGCCAGUACAACCUUAACUUGUGUAAACCUCUUUGUGAUGCCCUACAACUACCCAGUUUUACUCCCUCUUUUAGAUGACUUGUUUAAAGUUCACAAACUUAAGCCAAAUCUGAAGUGGCGACAGGCUUUUGACAGCUACUUAAAAACUCUGCCUCCAUAUUACUUAUUAACCAAACUAGAGUCAGAACGAAUUCUAGCAUCAGUGGGGAAGAAACUUCCCCAAGAAAUUGGAAUCAAAGUGAAAAAUCAUUCUGGAGGUGGUGUGUCUUUGACUCACAGUAAAAAUUUUAGAAAACUAUUGAAAGAAAUCAUAGGGGAAACUUCACCAAGGCUGACAGAAUUGAAUACCAAAGAAUUUGCUGGCUUUCAAGUAGGGCUUUUAAACAAAGAUUUGAAACCUCAGACAUACAGAAAUGCUUAUGAUAUUUCACGUAGAGGUCUUUUAGACCAGUUAACUAGAAUGAGGUCCAAUCUGCUGAAAACACACAAGUUCAUUGUUGGACAAGAUGAAGGUAAGUGAACACAAAAGUCAUUUUUGUUG